AUGAAUGUUGCAAAGCGCCCUGUUGGAAUCGAUUCUCGUGUUAGAGAUAUACUUGAUAUAUUAAAAAUUCAAAUAAAUGAUUGUGUCCAAAUGAUUGGAAUUUUUGGUAUGGGCGGUAUAGGAAAAUCUACCCUUGCUAAAGCCAUAUAUAAUCAAUUGAUCGUGGGAUUUCAAGGGUUUGAUGGUAGUUGCUUUGUUGCGAGCAUUAGAUCAGAAAUUUCUAAGGGACAUAAUGGUCUAGUUGGUUUACAAAGGAAGCUUCUUCGCAAAAUACUCAAGAUAAAAGAAUUUGAUAUAGGUAAUGUUGAUGAAGGAAUAAGUUUGAUUAAAGAAAGAUUGAAAUCAAAAAGAGUUCUUAUUGUUCUUGAUGAAGUAGACCACAUAAGUCAAUUAGAAUCAUUAGCGGGACAAAGGAAUUGGUUUGGUUUGGGCAGUGUUGUUAUAAUAACGACUAGAAAUGCUCAUUUGUUGAGUGACCUUAGAGCACAUGAGAAGUACGAGAUUGAAGCAUUAAGCUCUAACGAUUCUUUGCAACUUUUAAGUUGGCAUGCUUUUGGUGUUCCUGUACCACCAGAGGAUUAUACUGAAGUAUCCGAAAGAAUAGUAAGAUAUACUGGUGGACUUCCAUUAGCACUUACGGUUUUAGGCUCUCAUUUGCGUGGAAGAUCAGUGGAAGAAUGGAGCAAUAACAUUGAUAAAUUAAGGUUGAUGCCUCCUGAUGAUGUCCAAGAAAUUCUUAGAAUAAGCUAUGACACACUUGAUGAUGACAUUCAAAGCAUCUUCCUUGAUAUUGCUUACACAAAGAAAAAGAGAAGCUCCAGAUGCAUGAUUUAG